GACAGACAGAGCUAAAUUAAUGUUGUUGGAAGUGAUUUUGUGGUUUUGCUGCUGCAAAAGACCACUUACAUACGAGAAGACCUGAUAUUCAUGCAACCUAACGGACGCAAAACAGAACCUCGGCAUUUGAAAUACGGAAAGACCACCUCUUGCCCGUCUUUUCUAGGUCGCUGAAACGGAACGGCGGUCUGCUUUGAAAAGAUCUGACUUUUAUAUCGUGCUGACACUGUUGCAUCCAGGGUUUUCUUUUUUGUCGAUCCAAGUAAAAAGGUUGGUUUGUGUGUAAAAGAUGUUGAUCAAAGACUAUUUAGAUCAAAAUGCUCCAUCAUCAGAUCAAUUUUAUGAUCUUAUUCAAUCUUAUAAAUUAGAAUAUGGUCUAAUCUUAUUAAGAGAUUAUAAUAAUUUAUUAAACCUUUAUAAAACUAUGAAAAUGUCAUAUGAAAAUUAUAAAAAUUUAACAAAUUAUAUGAUACAAUAUAUAUGGGAAAAAUUACAUACAGGUCAUUGGCAACAUGUACAUAUUUAUGAUAUAAAAUUAAAUUUAAUUCAAUUAAAACAAUAUAAUUGUCCAAGUAUUGAAUUAUUUAAUAAAUUAAUUCAAUUAAAUAAACCAUUUAUUAUUAAUAAUUCAAUUAAUUAUUGGCCAUCAAUUAAAAAUAAUCAUUUAAAUAAUUGGACAUUAAAUUAUUGGAAAUUAAAUUAUGGUUAUAGAUUAGUACCAAUUGAAAUUGGACAAAAAUAUACUGAUAAUAAUUGGGGACAAAAAUUAAUAACAAUUAAUAAUUUUAUUGAUUAUUAUUUUAAUCAAUCAAUUAUUGAUAAUAAUAAUAAUAAUAAAAAUAUAAAAAAAGGUUAUUUAGCUCAAUAUAAUAUAUUUAGUCAGAUACCAGAAUUAGAAAAUGAUAUAUAUAUACCAGAUUAUUGUUAUGUAACUGGUGAUAGUAAUGAAUCGAUCAAUGAUAAUAAUAAUAAUAAUAAUACCAUAGAAACUAAUUUAUGGUUUGGUCCAAAAAAUACAAUCUCUCCAUUACAUCAUGAUAAUGAUCGUGCUAAUUUAUUAACACAAAUUAAUGGUUUUAAAUUAAUUAUAUUAUAUCCAUCUAUAGAAACUAAAAACUUAUAUCCUUAUAAUGAUUUAUUAACGAAUACAUCUCAAAUAGAUUUAGAUCAUAUUGAUUUAAUAAAAUUUCCUAAAUUUAAAAAUGCUUAUGGUUAUUAUGGUAUCAUUAAAAAGGGAGAAAUGUUAUAUAUACCACCACGUUGUUGGCAUUAUGUACGUUCAUUAACAUGUAGUUUUUCAGUAAAUUUUUGGUGGAAUCUAUCUCCUUCAUUAAUACCAUCAUGGACAUAAUGAUUAAUAGUUUCUAUGGUAUUGUAGCCUUCAGAUUAUUUUUUUUUUUGGAGUGAGAUUGUUUAUUGUAAAGUAUAUUUUUUGAAAAAAGAAAAAAA